GGGCGUCGAGCCGAAAUUUGGACUUGGUGUCAAUUUAGGAUACAAUGCCGAAAGUGAGCACACUGAAUGCGGACUCUGUCCUGACCUUCGUUGAUGGAUUUUUUAUUUUGCCGAUUACGUUCCUUGAUGCUUUUGGAACGCGAUAUUUAUAUGUGAAGGAAGAUAGAAGUACAGAAAAUCCCCACAACUGCCGUCUGUUUGUUGCGAAUGUGUCGGAUUUCAACGAAGAGCAGCUGCGUACCAUCUUUGGUUCUUCUGGAGAAAUUGAGUCUGUUGAGUUUGGUCGAAUUGCUCAAGGAGGAGCGCGCAUGGCGUAUAUUACCUACGCGGAGCGCAAUUCCCUGCUCCAGCUCCUCAAAACCCUCAAAACAGAUCCCAGCACAGUUCCAUGCACUUCCUCCUCUACAAUCGCAUCAUCGACGUCCCCAGUUCUCGAAUCGUACUACCAGCGAGUGUCUAGCGAAUAUGCGAAGUCUGCCUCCGUUCUCCGCAAAGAGGCGGAAGAAGCGCUGGUUCGCUACGAAGAAGAAGAAAACGCGAUCCAGAACGAAACCGAUGCCGAUGGCUGGACCACGGUGCGACGUCGGAAGCGCGUCGGCGACGAUGAAAUCAUCACGGCGAUGCAGAUAAAGGAGAUGAAGAGACGCGAAGCGAUGCAGAAGAAAGAUUUCUAUAAGUGGGUGUUGAAUGGGCGAUUGAAUGCAGGUUCCAAGGACGCGAAAAUCGCCGCGAUCAGCUGAGAGAGUUGCGAGAAAAGUUUGAGCGGGA